AACAAUCAUGUCUUCUGAUGAAUUUGAUGAUCUCGAUUUGGUAGAUAAUCAGGAUUGGGAGGGCGCUGGACGUGAUUUCACUAAGCAAUAUAAUAAGCUAAAGAAUCAAGUUCAUCAUAUCUCUUCUAUGAAUCAGAAUACACCGGAGACCACACAAGAUCAGCUUACUUCUCUGACUACCAAGUUCUCCCAGCAAAUAAAUUUAGCACCAUAUAGCAAAGAUAAGGGUAAAGAGAAGGAUAAAAGUGAUAGAGCAACCACGGAGCAAGUUUUAGAUCCGAGAACAAGAUUGAUCUUGUUGAAAAUGAUAAAUCGUGGCGUUAUCUCUGAGAUAAAUGGUUGCUUAAGUACAGGAAAAGAGGCUAACGUAUAUCACGGCUCAGCUCCACCUUUAGAUUCAACUAGUCAAGGUGUUCAAUUGGCUAUUAAAAUCUAUAAGACAUCCAUUUUGGUAUUCAAAGACCGUGAUCGUUAUGUCACCGGUGAAUUCAGAUUUAGAAAGGGUUAUGCCAAGAGUAAUCCUCGUAAAAUGGUAAAAUUAUGGGCAGAAAAGGAGUUGAGAAAUUUGAAACGUCUUUGGGAGAUUGGUAUACGGUGUCCUCAGCCAAUUGAAGUCAGAGAUAAUGUUUUAGUUAUGGAAUUCUUUGGUACAGAAGAUGGAUGGGCUUCACCUAGGCUCAAAGAUGCUCAAAUCGCUUCCUCAAAGUUCCCAAAGUUAUAUGCUCAACUGAUGGUCACUGUUAGGAAGAUAUAUCGCGCUUGUAGGCUGGUACAUGCUGAUCUGUCCGAGUAUAACAUAUUGUACCACAAUUCCCAACUCUACAUUAUAGAUGUUUCUCAGUCAGUUGAACAAGAGCAUCCAGCUGCAUUUGAUUUCCUGCGUUCAGAUCUUAGAAAUAUUGAGAGCUUUUUCUCAAAAGCAGGCGUUCAGACCCUCUCUUUAAGAGAAAGCUUCGAAUAUGUUACCCGUGAGAGUCUCUUGAAGAACCCUACAUGGGGAGAAAGACCUGCACCAGGUCAAGUCGAAGAAGAUGAUGUGUUAUACGAAGAGUUACAUAAAUGGUUGGAGAACUCUGCAAUGGACGAACAAUUAAACAAAGACGAUGACAAGGUUAAACAAGACGAUGCUGUUUUCCUUCAAUCGUAUAUUCCACGUACAUUAGAGCAAGUCAUUGAUCCUGAACGUGAUGCUGAGAAAAUUAGAAGAGGUGAAGGUAAUGAUUUAAUAUAUGGUACAGUAACCGGUGUUGCUGAAGCCAACGAGCUUAAAGGAGAAGUUGAGACCAAAGAAGAGAUAAAGCAAAUAGACAGUCAAUAUGAGUCCGAUGAUGCGUCAGGUAGUAGUGACAGUGAGAGCGAGAACGAGAGUGGAAGUGAGAGUGAAAGCGGUACGGAAAACGAAUGGAAAGAAAGGGUACCAAGAGGUAAAAGACACGAAGACAAGGAACUCAAAAAAGAAAGAAAGCAAGCUAUGAAGGAUUCAAAGCGUGAAAAGCGGAAAAAUAAGAUCCCUAAAUCGGAAAAGAAGCGCAAGGUUAAAGCUUCCAAAGGGAAGCGUUGAUUUGUUAACA